GUACCCUCCAGAACGACGACACCAGCAUGCCCUUGUCUGCGUUUAGCGAUAAUCCAUCUGAGAACCUUUUGAUGCUGUCCGUGGCGGCCAUCCUCUUGUUUUGGCCCUUCGCGCCGAGUGCCAGCUUUGUCGGCGCGACUCGCGGAUUGCAUCUCGAUGCUGCCAACGUUGUGAGCGUCCGGCUGACGUACUGCCUCGCGAUGGCCGUCUGCACGGCCCUCUCCUGGCCAUGGAUUCCGACAGGGCACGAGUCGGCGCUGACAGCGCAGUACAAUCCAGUUCCUUCCUUCGUGACUCUCGGCAUCCCGCGCGUGGAGCACCCGACACCCGUCAUCCUCGCGCACCAGCUGGUCGUCGUCGUCGCUGCGCUCGCCACGCGGCCGUCCGUCGUGCGGUUCGCGCUGGUGGGGUCCGCAGUCUCCUACUGGUGGGUCUACGGCACCUUCAUGGGGUACCGGAAGGAGGACCCGGAUGGGUUGUUUGUCAAGCGGACACACGGAGCGCCGCCGUUUGUGCUCCUGAUCCUGGCGGCGGCACCAAACGUCGCGUCGGUCCCCCCCGUCGACGCGCUCGGCUCCCUGCGGCGCCUGGGGCAGCCACACCGCAGCGCUCGUCGCCCGUCUUCGUGGCCGCUGCUGCUCCUGCGCUGGCUGCUCGCGUGCAUCUACUUCGGCACCGGAUACUGCAAGCUUGUGGCGGGCAAGUACUGGCACCCGUAUGAGUGGGCCGACGGCGCGACCCUCAACUUCGUGCUCGCGUCCAAGGCACUGAUGGCGCCGAACGCCCACUUCGCAUGGCUGAACCGGCUGCUUCGAACGGUGCCGUGGGUCCGGGUCGGGUCCGCUUGGACGACGCUCCUGCUCGAGCUGCUCUACCCAGCCACCACCCUCCUCGAGCUGGCGCUGCCAAGGUCAAUUGCCGCCUCGCUCCUCUCGCUCUCCUUCUCGUCCGUCGCGAUGGGGAUGCACAUGAUGAUCAUGGCCUCGACGGGCAUCCACUUCGAGCCUGUGCUCUACAUCGCCCACCCUCGUCGACGAGGAGGAGUCACCUUGCUCCUCAUGCUAGGCAUCAACUUCAAGCUGCUCUACAUCGCCCACCUCGUCAACCUGCCCGAGCUCUGCUUCCUCCUCGGGCGGCUGCGCGGCGCCCUCUCCGAGUCUCCCGACGCCGAGCUGUCUCCUCCUCUCUUCGCGGCGAGGGCGGCGAAGGUGGCGGGGGCGGGGGGCGGCGACGGCGGAGGCGUGUGUUCGCUCGGCCGCGCCGCGGCCGCCAUGUCGCCCCUCUACUUCAUCGUCGCCGACGUUGACUGGUGGCCUGUGAGCAACUACAAGGUCUUUUGUGACCACCGGAAAGCCGGCAAGACGAUCACCGCGUACCGCUACGCUUUCGGGGCGCGCGGCGUGGAGCACCAGUGCGGCAUUGGCCGGCUGGUUGGGGCGCAAGAUACCUGUGCUACUUGCUUGGCUGCGCAGGUGCCAAUGGAGGAUUCGCCCUGGUGGCUUGUGAGCGACACGCAGAUCUGCCUCACCACCCACAACGAGGCGCUUUGCGCCAAGGACGGCGCAAAGGCAUGCGACUGGCAAUGCUACCUCAACCGUUACGCAGACCUCCGGAAAGACUUUGGCGACGCCAACGUCAACGCCGCGGCGGCCCACUUCCGGAGGAAAGGGAAGGCUGAGGGGCGCAAUUGCUCGUGCCCCGGAAGCGCCGGCGCACCCGUGCCUGAGUAUUGCACCAAGGCGAGCCUCCUCCGCACGUUCUUCUACGGAUGGUGCGGCUUCCCCGACCCCGCCCUAAGCGCCCCCGACAGCGAAGCCCGCGCCGCGCGCGGCACCACCACCGACUCUACCUCCGACCCCAGGGCCUAG